UGUCGUUUAUCGUAUGGAUAUUUCAUUUUCAUGCAUACUUGUGCCAUUUUUCAUUUGGACAGAAAUUUCGUAUGGACUACAUGUGGGCACAUUCCUACAAAACAUUCUACAGACUUCACGAUUUGGCCACCCAUUGGCAGCAAGCGCGCCAAAUGUGCGAAUCGGAAGGCACGACGCUUCUCAUUCCAGACACGCUGGAUGAAGUGGAAAACUUAAAGCUACUCAUGAGCAACAUGAAGGCUCAUUACACCGCUAUAUUUGUUGGAAUACACGACUCGUUUUCCGACGGAAACUUUGUUACCGUCAGGGGGGAUCCCAUAGCAGGCACAACCCUAGAACUUCUGUGGGCCGAAGGUCGGCCAGAUAAUCAGAAUGGUUCAGAACAUUGCGUGGUUAUGUCAAGAGAGGGGCUUUUAGAUGAUCGUCCGUGUUCUGAAAUAUAUCCGUUUGUUUGCAAAAUAUUUGGUAACGACACAAAAUAUAAUAAUGCCUGCGAUAAUUUUGAACAAGAUUACUCUCGACAUCAAGCGAUAAGCGGAAAAUGUUACAAAUUCCACUCUGAACCAAUGAGUUGGCAUGAUGCUUACUUGUCUUGCAAACUAGAGGAAGGGCGUUUAGCUAUAAUAAACUCUGCAAAAGAAGCUAGUAUCGUUGUCAGUUUUCUCGGUGAUAAUUUAAACAGCAACACCCCUGAUCCGAAUAUUCUGUACCUGGGAUUUAGUGACUUGUUGUUCCCUUAUCAAUACAGAACUAUUGCUGGCCAAACCCUUGAUGAAGCAGGCUACGCAUCGUGGACUCCUAUGCAAGAAAACGUACAACAGAAAAACUCAAAACGCUGUGGAGCUAUUUCUAGAACUGGUUUCCUUCUCAUGACGUUCUGUGAUCGACCUGCAAUGUUCUUGUGUGAAAGAAUUCUAAACGUAACUUCAGAUACUGCCUGAUAGUUUACUUUAGAAUGCAAUAUUAAACUUCACGUUUUCUAA